GAAGCUCUGAAAAUGGAGAUAACCAAUGUCACUGAGUAGGAGGCUAUUGCAAAGCAGAAAUUGCCAAAGAUGGUGUUUGAUUACUAUGCAUCUGGUGCUGAGGACCAGUGGUCUCUGCAAGAAAACAGAAAUGCCUUUUCCAGAAUUUUGUGAGUUUCGGCCACGUAUUCUUAUCGAUGUGAGCAAGAUAGACAUGGCAACUACUGUCCUGGGCUUCAAAAUAUCCAUGCCAAUCAUGAUUGCCCCAACAGCCAUGCAGAAAAUGGCUCAUCCUGAGGGUAUAAUUGUUACUUUGUCAUCAUGGGCUACUUCAAGUGUUGAAGAGGUGGCUUCAACAGGACCUGGCAUUCGCUUUUUCCAGCUAUAUGUGCACAAGGACAGGCAUGUGGUUGCUCAGCUUGUGAGAAGAGCUGAAAGGGCUGGAUUCAAAGCUAUUGCCCUUACUGUUGAUACCCCAAGACUAGGACGCAGAGAAGCUGAUAUCAAGAACAGGUUCACUCUUCCACCUUUUUUGACAUUGAAGAACUUUGAAGGUUUGGACCUUGGAAAGAUGGACGAAGGUAAUGAUGCUGGACUUGCUUCAUAUGUUGCUGGUCAAAUUGAUCGUACUCUAAGCUGGAAGGAUGUGCAGUGGCUUCAGACAAUCACCAAGCUGCCAAUUCUGGUGAAGGGUGUAUUGACUGCUGAGGAUACAAGGCUAGCAAUACAAGCUGGUUCAGCUGGAAUAAUUGUGUCUAAUCAUGGAGCUAGACAACUUGAUUAUGUCCCAGCCACUAUAUCAGCCUUAGAAGAGGUUGUUAAAGCUGCUCAAGGACGUGUUCCUGUAUUUUUGGAUGGUGGUGUACGCCGUGGAACUGAUGUCUUCAAGGCAUUGGCUCUAGGUGCUUCUGGCAUAUUUAUUGGACGCCCUGUGGUGUUCUCUUUGGCUGCUGAAGGAGAGGUUGGUGUAAGGAAAGUGCUGCAGAUGCUACGUGACGAGUUUGAGUUAACCAUGGCCUUAAGUGGUUGCCGCUCACUCAAGGAAAUCACUCGUGAUCACAUUGUGACAGAAUGGGACCUCCCUCGCACUCAACCACGUGUAUCACCAAGAUUAUGAAAAGAUCUUGCUCUUCAUUUGAGCUAAGUGGUGCAGAACAAUUAAUGGGGAAACAUUUUGUAUGUCUCAUUAACCUGUUCUCG